AUGCAGGUGGAAGCCCCAGACGACGCUGUGUUCCUUAUGGCAGGAAUGCCGAGCCCAGAUACAUUUCCGCUUGUGGAGGGCUCCCUCACCCUAAAAGACGGACGCAGUCUCACCCUCACACCGAAAAAGAUGGUGGACUGCCUUCAGUACGGCCCCAACCUGGGUACCCCCAUUGCUGAAGCAGCUGAAGGAAUUGACAGAGCGGCUUCAUGGGCCUCCAACAUGGCAGGACAGCGACGUGGUAUAACGACCGGAAGCCAAAGUGGGCUCCUCAUGGCUAUGGAAUAUGAUUACCCCAAAAGACUAUUAAUCAUUGAGGAACCUUGCUACACUGGAGCUAUAUCUAUUCUGGCGCCCUAUUCACCUCGUUACUUACCUGUGACAACAGACAGUGAGGGCAUGUACCCGGCUCCCUUGCAGAAGCUCUUUCGAGGUGGCGACCCGAAGACGCGAAGAAUGCACAUUCAGACAUCCCCAAGGUAUCCUGAAACCUGA